ACUUCCUUUUAUUAUGUAUCACUUCUUUCUCUAUUUCAAUUUCUUCCCUUCAAGUGUAAAUGUGGUCAAGUUAUUUAAUGUAUAAAAUAUCUCCUAUCUCAUUCCCACAACUUUGAGUGAAUGUUUCUCAAACUUCUCACAAGUGAACUUUCUUUGCUUCAAAACUGACUUUCUCAGCGCCUGUCCCUGCCUCUCCGCCACCUCCACCCCGGCCUAUCCCCCGGCUGGCCAGCGGCGUUGGUGGGGAGGGGGACAAUAGUUGUAGACACCCGCCCUUGCCUCAGAGAAGCUUCCUGGUUGUUGCACAGUCUCACCAUUUGGGGAAAGUCCAUGCUAGAAAACUGAAGCAAUUAAUGGGGGAAUAUGAUCAGAUUUCUUCACCAAGUUCCCAGCCUGAUAAAGAGAACCCCUUGUUUUCAACCUAAUGAAGCAUUCAAAGAAGACAUAUGACUCUUUUCAAGAUGAACUUGAAGAUUAUAUCAAAGUGCAGAAAGCCAGAGGCGUAGAGCCAAAGACUUGUUUCAGAAAGAUGAGAGAGGACUGUUUGGAAACUUGUGGUUACAAAGAAGAGGUUGAUUACAGACCGAGGCAUAGAAUGUUUGAUCACAGACUCUCAUCUGAGACUGUCCAGACCUACCAGAGAUCAUGCUCUAUUUCACCAAAGGUGGAAAACCGGUUACCUCAGUGGCUACCAGCUCAUGACAGCAGGCUAAGACUAGACUCUCUGAACUACUGCCAGUUCACCAGGGACUGUUUCUCAGAAAAACCAGGACCCCUGAACCUUAGUCAGCAAGGGUAUAACUGUCGCCCAUACAGUGUGGAAUCUGGAGUUUACAAGCGUCUCUCCUCAGAAAACAGUGCCAGCACCCAUCAAGCCAGUCAUAAACAGAUACAUCAGCAGGGGAAAAGGCACCCAGAGGAAGCCAGAGAAAAAGCAGAGGAGGAGCGGCCCAAGCAUAGGAGGAAAAAAGGUUGUGAGGAAUUAGAUUUAGACAAACACAAGAACUUCCAAAGAAAUGAAACACAAAUGGAAACAGUCAGGGUAGAAAAGCUUAAGAAUCGAAAGGAGAAAAAAGGCCGAGAUGUGGCCUCUAAGAAAGAGGAAUGUAAGCGUAGAAAAGAGAAAAAGGAACAAGGUAAAGAGAGGACAGAGGAAGAAAUGCUUUGGGACCAGUCUAUCCUUAGAUUUUGAAGAUCCUGAGUUGGUUCUCCUGAGGUUAAAUUGAAAAAAUAGUUGAGGAGCUUGGUUUUAUGAUGUCCAUGUUCAUAUCGAUUUUUUCAUGUGAACAGGUACUUUAAUUUCUAACAACAGGCCAAGUGAACUGGAAGUAUUUAAUGUGGUUACUCUCCAGCACGGAAAUUACUUUUCCUCAUUUCCUGAAAACAUCCCUACAUUUUUCUUCUAUAUAAUGUAAUUUUCCUUAAUGAGAGUGGCACUGCUUUUACUCAUCAAACUGCUAUGAUAGUAGAAGUAUUUUUCCCUUGGGAGGUCACUUAUUUUAAAUUGAAGUAUUAACGGGCUUUGCAGAAUCUAUUUCUUGAUUAGGUUUGUUUUAGUUUUGGGUGGGAUAUUUUUAUAUUCAUUAGUUUUCUCUUUGACACAAUUUAGACUGAUUUUUUUUCCUUUGUUAGACCUAACUUGCAGUGUAUUUUCUAGAUUGCAAAGUGGAAAAUGAAAUACAUUAUAAUAAUAAUAAGCUAAGGUUACAUAUAGUUUUAAGAGUUUCAAAGAGUCUUGAUAUAAAAUCAGUUUAUAUUCUGGAAAUAUUUAUAAUAAAGUGUUCUAAUUUCUGAAAAAACAAAACAAAACUAACUUUCUUCAAAGUAUAAUCCAAAUUCUUAGCUUCACCUCUGUUACUAGAAUACUAUUCAUCCUAGAGCAUGCAGACUCCCACAACCCCAUCUUCCUGAUGUCAUAAUGACAAUGUCCUGUGAACUAAAGAGGAAAGAAAUGCACCAUUCAGGCUCCCAUUACUACCACCCAACUGACUAUAGUACAAU